UAUUCAUUGAUUGGUUCAUUCUGUCUUUGUCUGCGAGGCAGCUGAGAGCACUGCGUGUGCAGUUGAAUGUGCAAGGAUUGGAAGGGACCAUUUCCAUGGACCAUCUGUCUCGCAGGCUACUGCUACAACAAAGGACCCAGGAUGGUGUUGGUACAUGUCGGAUAUUUGGUUCUUCCCGUCUUUGGCUCUGUUAGAAAUAGAGGGGCACACUUCACUAGGCAUCAGCACAGCCAUGCUACCUCCUGCCGACACUUUCACCUGGGGGCCACCCAGGCCCCCCUCCCAGGGGAAUUUCCCCUAGGACACGCAGCCAACCACAACCAGCCCCCCCAGCCCGGCCCCCUGGCCCCUCACCUGGCCCCGGCCCAUCACCCGCCCCUCACUGCCCUGCCAGCUCCCCCUCAGUUCCAGGAUGUGCCAGCUCCCCCCUUCCUACCUCAGGCCUUACACCAGCAAUACCUCAUCCAGCAACAGCUACUGGAGGCCCAGCAUCGCCGGAUCCUCCCACACUCCAGCAGAAGAACACAGGAGCGCCUUCCUCUGAACCCUCACAGGCUACGUUCAGGCUACGAAUAUUCCCCGCCCCUCCACGUCCCCCAGCCAAUCACCACGCAGCAGCCUCGCUACCUGGCAGAGGGCACAGACUGGGACCUGAGUGUGGAUGCAGGACUCUCCCACCACCAGUAUCAGCUCCAGCAGCUUCCACAGCACUAUCAGCAUUACCUGGCAUCUCCCAGAAUGCACCACUUCCCCAGGAACAACUCUGCACAAGUGGUUGUGCAUGAGAUCAGAAACUACCCGUACCCCCAGCUUCACCUGCUGGCCCUGCAGGGCCUCAACCCCUCCCGCCAUGCCUCGGCCGUACGGGAGAGCUACGAGGAACUGCUGCAGCUUGAGGACCGGUUGGGUAGUGUCAGCAGGGGAGCAGUCCAGACCACCAUCGAGAGGUUCACCUUCCCUCACAAAUACAAGAAGAGGAAGCCGGUGGAGAUGAAAAUCGGCGAGGAAGAAGAGGAGACGGACGUGGAUGAGAAGUGCACGAUCUGCCUCUCCAUGCUGGAGGACGGGGAAGACGUGAGGAGAUUACCCUGCAUGCACCUCUUCCACCAGGGCUGCGUGGACCAAUGGCUGUCCUCCAGCAGAAAGUGUCCAAUAUGCCGAGUCGACAUCGAGACGCAGCUUAAUCCCGACAGCUGAUGACCCGGGGGCGGAGCCUGGCCCUGUCGAUCACCCUGGCGUUGUUCCUGCUCCUUCCCAUCACCACCGCCCUGGUCCCUCCCCCUCUUGGGUGCUUUGCCAAAUGUCCCCAGACGCGGUCGUGUGACAUCAUUGCCCUCAGACUCACGCUUCACUGAGCCUCCCCCAGGACAACCACAGGAGGGGCGGAACUGGAGACGCGCUCUCCGACAGAUGAAGCACACCCCCUGGCGUAAUGAUACACAGAGAAUGCUUUCUCUCUGUCACACAAACACACACACACACAGAAAGCCGUCUCUCUCACACAUAUACAUGCACGAAAGGCUGUCUCUCACACACACACACACUGUAUACUGUAUACACAGGGUUAUCUCGUAGCUUGCUGAUUUCAGGUGGGCUGUCAUUGCUGUUCGGCUGUUGUCCUGUAGGUAGCAUGUUCUAUAAGCCAUGAUCUAACACAGUAAGAGAGAAGACACUACACCACUGCCACCCUUCUACACACAGUCAUUCUCACACAAUUGAGCAUAUUCUGCCACAAUAGACAGGGCGGGAAAGCAACAUUUUCAACGUUGCCGCCAUGUUUGCCUCCAGGUCAUUAGUGGUUAGUGCAGUAGCAGACACAGUGAUGUUUAAUCAUGGGAGCUCACCCACCCGGCUUUUUCUCUUUGCAAUACAGUUGUACAUUAGCUCUGAACUGGUGGUGUUGUGUCAUUAGGACUGUGUUUUCUACCCCUGCUACUGUGUGUCAAGUGUGGGCCAGCCUUGGCCAGGGCUGCGUUCAAGGUCAGCUGUGAGGCCGAGAGACUAGGACGCAGGUUACAAAGUGUUUAUUAACCAAAUGCGUUGUUGUUAUGCUGUUGGGUUGCAGUUAGUGUUUGACCAAUGUCUGGAUAUAUGUCGCAGACCUAAAGUUCAGGUUUUGUGUGUGUCAUGGGUAAAAUAUUUGAAUUAUAGACGUUAGGGCCAUUGCAGUGUUUUUAGAAUACAAAGCCAAAUAAAUGGAAAUUUUCAAGAGGUGGGGGGGAAGUAAAAAAAAAAAGUAAUAACAUUUAAAUAAAAAAAUCCCCCUCUCCAAUCAAGCAGUGCGAUGUUAGAGUGAGGUCGAGUGCAUUGUGGUUACUCGGAGGAGGCCCGAUGCUCCAGAACCGGCAGCUCUUGUGCCCCGCCCAGCCUCUCUCAGCACAGGUGACGCAGGCUGAACAGUGUAGUGACAUAUGCAUGUUUCAGUGUUGGCUUGGGCUGUUGUGUUAGCGUAAAUAAAACAAAAACAAAAAAAUGUACGGAUGUAGGAUGGGCGGGGGUGGGGGGUGGGGUGUUGUCUGUGCAUGACCUAGUUAAUCUGAGCUGUGACUAUCUUUCUCAACACUAACAAACAAACAAACAAACAAAAAAAAAUGAGCACGAUGUCAGUGACUGGCUGUCUCCCUGACCCGUAGCGUGUGUUCAUCCUGUCCCCGUGGCAGCGAUGGAAUCCUGUUGUGAUGUUUACCUUAUUGCCUAAAGAACAAGCACAUGUGAUGAUAGAUAUAGCAACAACCUCUUUCUUUAGUAUUGCAUUUGCGUUUUUGGUUUCAGUAUAUUUAGAUAUAUAUAAACAAACACGCUGUGUUUUGGACAGUGAGGAGCUUGUGUGUUAUAAACUUGUGUUUUUUUGUGUGUGUGUGUGUGACAGAUCUCCCCUUUGUGGUUGCUAUGCUGGUUGCUAUGCUGUAUUGCUAGAACAACAAUGUAGAAUGUUGUGUGAUGGAGAUGGUGUCCCACUCACUGUGCACAAGGACUGGACAGGCAGGGAAGGGUUAACACGUGGAAGUACAGUCGAUUAAUGGGGGAAAACUGAUUUGUCUCCUUUCCCCUACUUUUCUGUAAUGAAUAACUAUUAAACCACAACGUAUCAGUGUGGGCCUCACUGAUCCUUAUCCUGUAGUGGAUGUUUUGGAUUGUAACAUCCCUCAACUGUACCCAUUGCACUGAGGACUCAGAGUAGUCUAACAGAUUGGGACACAGCCCACAGGUCCUAUUGACCUGGUAGGCUGAGGGAUCCUUGCCACAGUAUUGGGACAUGGCCUGCCGGUCCCUGUGCACUGUCAGUGGAGAUGCUGCCUUCUCCUGUAGUGGAGUUUUCUAUGGGAACUGUUGAUAGUUUACACAGGGUGUUGUCAGUUGAGAUGCCUUAAGUAUUUAACAAUCAUAAUUUAUUACUAACUGUAGAUAUUGUGUGUACGUAUUUAAUUUUGUAUAGUUUUUUUUGCAAUUGAAUCAUUAUUUAUUUAUUUAGAAAUAACAACUGAAAAAAAUAUGAUAAAAAAACAAUUACCUCAUUUUUGCAUUGUUUUAAUGGGAAUGCUUUGCAUGCAGUUGUUUUUUUGUUUUGUUUUUUCCCCCCGAGACUAAAGUGUAAGAAGCCCUGCUGUUUUAUAACCCUGAGUCUGCUGUGAUAUGUUUACUAUCCUGGGCUCCUCCGCAUCUGAGCCCUCUCUCUCUCUCUCCCUCUCUCUCUCUGUGUUCUGUCAGCUCUCUCUUUUCUCUAUCCCUCUUGCUCCCCCCCCUCUCUCUCUCUAUCUCUCUCCCUCUCUCUCUCUUUCAUGUGGUGCUGUGGAUCCUGGUUACAUUCCAUUCAAUGCAAAUUUUCUCUGAUCCCCUAUGCUGUGAUCUUGGUGGACAAACUGCAAUGGAGUGAAAGUUUUUUAGUUUUUGUUGUUAGUUUGAUUCAUUUUGUUCUCGUCUCGUUUUGCACUCGUUAGUUUAACCAAGGGAACCCUCUCACUGGCAUAAUGCAGUUACGAUCGUAGAGCUCUCAUUAUGAUAACUAUGAUUGAUAUUAUAUCAUAGUCUAUGAUAUUGUAUACUUUGUCAUUUCUCUGCUUCUCAUUCUCUACCUUUCAAUUCUACCCUCUUAGCAUCUUCUUUCUUGCUUUAUCUCGCCAUACCCUCUCCCUGCUUUGUUCCUCUCUUGCUGUCCCUCCAUCUCUCUGUCUCCUGAUAUGUCUGUUCCUUCUAUUUCAGAGCAGCUUGUAGUUCUAAGCCAAUCAAGUGCCUCGCUUCUAGUGUCAAGAGAUAUUUCCAUAUUAGAUUUAAGUUAUGGCUCAAUCUCACGAAAGAGUAGAACUCAUAUUCCCAGAAACCAUUGUACCAGGAGGGUGUAGAGGCCUACACCAUGGCACAGUGGUACACUGGUACUACUGUAGUUAUAAUGAAAAGCACUGUCCCCUCGCUCCCUCUUUCCUCGACUCCUUCUCUAAGGAGUAUACCGGACAGGUGAUCUCUCCUAAUGAAGGGGGAAACAUGGGUUGGCACCAUGUUGCUUUUACUUACCAAAUACUAGAUCAGUUAGGCUACCACAUUCCAACACAGAGCAUCAAGUGUACAGCAGGUAUAUUUUUACCCAUCAUGGAUGUGGAAAUAUUUCUAAGACAGAGGCAUCUUUCACUGUUCUUCUUAACAAACCCCACAUCCGCGAUUCUCUUCUUCGAUGUAUCGCCAUCACCCUCCCUUUCCUUCUCUCUUUGUUUCGGCUUUUUCUCUGUUUCCUCUCUCUUUUCUCUGCUGUGUGUGACCCACCGUCCAUCCCUCUGCUCAGAACCUUCCAGUAUGUUCCUCUCCCACCGUCUGCUCUCUGGGGAAACACAGACACAGAGGAUUCUAAAGCACAACCUUUCUAAAAUGCAUGUUUUUUCUCAGGUUUGAAUAUACUCUCAAUGGUUAAAAAAAUAAUAUAUGGUAAAAAAAAUAAUAUUUGCAGAUAUACAAAGAAUACUAAUAUUACAGAGGAUUAAUCUUUUGCUGCUGCUUGCAUCUAAAAAAAAAAAGAAAAUGAAGAGAAAAUAUCCCAAAUAUAGUGCCAGUGAAAGGGCUGCCGCCAUCUUUGUACGAAAACCUGCUGUUUAGCUGUGACUGCGCAAUGUUUUUCAAUAUAGGAUAUUUUAUGGGAGAGUAGAAUUAUUUAUCAUUAAUAUGAAAGCAAUAGCUCAUUAAUGAUGCUAAGUGUGUUGAUAAAGAGCUGAGUGAGCAUUAUGAUGUGUAAAAUGUUAGAAUUCACAUUUGGUGGAAUUUUGUACUUUAUUAUUUAUUAAUACUAAUAAUAAUGGUUUUAAGGAGUUGCAUCGCUAAACCCAAACUGUUGUUUUUUUAUUUGUAUUUUAUUUCAUGGCUUGUAUAUUAUCCUUUUUGUAUGUGCUCUUUUUGUAAUAAAUUGAUUAAAAUGG